AUGAAGGCUCCAAAAUCCAAGACCAAGGCUCCUAAAGCCGAAGACAAGGUCUUGAGCAAGGUGAAGAAUGGUGCUGUGACGAAGCCAUCUUCAGCAUCCAAGGCUAAGGCCAAGGAAGUUGCUAAGAAGCUUUCCGCUAAGUCUGGCAAAGAGUCGGAGAAGAGAAAGAAAAAGGCUCCCACCCCGUCUGAAUCUUCUGAAUCCGAUAGUGAUGAAGAGAUGAAGAAUGCUAGUUCUGGCAGCGAGAGUGAAAGUGAAAGCGAAAGCGAUAGUGGAAGUGAGAGCGAAGCUGAAGAAAAAGCUGCCGCCCCUGUUAAAGCAGCAGCGGCCAAACCUGAGGCCGAGUCUGGAUCCGAGAAGUCCUCGGAGUCUGAAAGCGAGAGUGAAGAGUCCGAAUCCGAAUCCGAGUCUGAGGAGGCGGACUCUGCACCGGCUUCUAAGGCUAAAAAACCCGUUGAAAAGAAAUCCGAACCUAAAGAUUCCGAGGAAUCUGAAGACUCUGAAGAAGAUGAAGAUGAAAGCGAAGAAUCAUCUGAAGAGUCUCCUAGCGAAGAUGAGGAGAAGCCAGGAAAGUCCCAAAAGCGCAAAGCUGAUUCAGAAGAGACUCCUGUGUCCAAAAAAGCAAAACAGGAGAGUAAUAAUGAAGCUCCCGCUGAAGGGGGCAAUCUCUUUAUCGGAAACCUGUCUUGGAAUGUCGAUGAGGAGUGGCUUCGCUCUGAAUUCGAAGGUUUUGGCGAACUUUCGGGUGUUCGCAUUGUCACUGACCGCGAUAGUGGACGUUCUCGAGGAUUCGGCUACGUUGAAUUCACUAACGCUGCCGACGCCACCAAAGCUUUCGAUGCUAAGAAAGACACAGAAAUCGACGGGCGCAAGAUCAACGUUGAUUUUGCCAACGCCCGCCAGAACGCUGGCGCUCCUAGGGAGCGCGCCCAGUCUCGUGCCAAGAAUUUUGGUGAUCAGACCAGUCCUGAAAGUGACACUCUUUUCAUUGGGAAUAUCUCAUUUGGUGCAGACGAGAACACCAUUCAAGAAGCAUUCUCAUCGCACGGAUCAAUUCUUGGCAUCCGUUUGCCCACGGAUCCAGACUCUGGCCGCCCUAAGGGAUUUGGUUACGUCCAGUUCUCAUCGAGCGAUGAAGCGCGUUCUGCACUAAACGCCCUUCAGGGGUCUGAUCUUGCAGGUCGUUCGAUGCGCCUUGACUUCAGUAGCCCAAGACAGAAUUCCGGUGGCAGCUUUGGUGGCCGUGGUGGUGGCCGCGGCGGCCGGGGUGGAAGAGGCGCUCCCCGCGGUGGUCCACGAGGUGGUGGCCGUGGCGGUCGCGGAGGAUUUUCCAGCGGCGGCGGAUUCGGUGAUUUCUCAGGAAAGAAGACUACUUUCUAA